AGUCUCCUUACGGCAGUUCGACAAGAGGCCAGUCGUCAGCAUACGGGUUGGUCAUUGGAAUUUGUAACACUCAACACAGAAGUUACUAAGUAUGCUUUUGACGAAUUACACGACUCUGCGAAGGAGGGCAUCUUCAUACACGGUCUCUUCAUUCAGGCGGGUUCCUGGGACCGCCGUUUGGGCCGUAUCGUUGAGGCGAAACCGAAACAACUCUUUGAUAUAAUGCCUGUAAUAAACGUCACCGCCCAAUGUUUCCUCUCACAGGAGGAGAUAAAUCGUCAACAGGCUGAAAAGCCGAAGGCUACGCCGUCGAGCGCCAAGGGAGACGCCGCAACAAGCGGCAACAACCAGAAUAAUAAUUCUGCUGUGAUAAGCGAACAAACAAAUAUGUCGGCCGCAGUCGACCCGCAAAGAACCAGUGGAUAUUCUGGUCCAGGUGGUGGUGCUGUAGCAGCAAAGUUGACGGUGCCUGUCUAUAAGAAGGUUAAACGAACGGGACAGCACUUCAUCACUAAAUUCACUAUCCCCUGCUCCAAGUCAGCGGACCAUUGGAUUAUGCGCGGUGUGGCCUUGCUGUGCGAUACUAACUGA